CCUUGACGAUGGGAGUGGCGGCGUCCGACGACGACAUCCAUUGUGGUUAGCAACUGAUCUUCAGAAUAUCUGUUAUUUUAUAAACUAUUUAUUUUUUGACGAAGUUUUAAUUAUCAUUUCUCCACGCAUCGUCAUCGGCCGUUUCAAAGGGUGACUGUGAAGCCGUCUUCCGAGUGAAGAUAUAUUGACAUCAGGGACGUACCGACACAAGCCGGAUGGACGUGCCGGCGGCUACGAACGGCGGCGGUGGUGACGCCAAUGGCGGCCUCACGGAGGAGGAGCUCGAGAGGCAGAGGAUGAGACCAGCGGAGGUCGACGCAGACAUGAGGGAGAUGACCAGACGGAAACGGGUCGACGCCAUCCUCAGCUCCAAGUCCUUCAAGUCGGAGCUGGAGCGCCUGGUGGAUGAAGGCGUGAUCGACGGUAACUCUGUUGGCGGCUGUCUGGAGCACAUCUCAGACAUGAUGGGCCUCGUCCGAGGCGGCGUCUCAUCCACACAGAGCCAGCAGUGCGUGCAGCCGAUUGCCGAUCUGCGCGGCGCCGACGCCUCCCAGUUCUCCAAGACGGAGAAGAUGCUGCGCUGCAAGCUUGCCUCGCUGUUCCGUGUUAUCGAUAUGCACGGCUGGGCACAGGGCGUGCACGGACACAUCACAGUGCGGCUGAACCAGGAGCAGGACCACCUGCUGGUGAACCCGCACGGCCUGCUCUACAGCGAGAUCACCGCCUCCACGCUCAUCAAGGCCGACCUGCAGGGCUCUGUGCUGCACCCGGGCAGCACGGGACUCGGUCUGAGCGCGCCGGCCUACGCCCGGCUGGCGGCCGUGCACGCGGCGCGGCCCGAGCUGCGCUGUGUGCUGCACGUCCAGCAGCCGGCCGUGGUGGCCGUGUCAGCGCUGAGGGCCGGCCUGCUGCCUCUCACGGAGGACGCCGCCGCGCUGGGAGCCGUCGCCGUGCACCGGCCGCAGGGCGCUGACCCCGAGCUGCGCGCCCUCACCGCCGACCUCGGCACGGAGAGUAAGGUGAUGAUGGUGCAGAAUGCUGGAGCCAUCUGCGCAGGAGAGACCGUCGAGGAGGCCUUCUUCCUGCUGGGCAAACUGGUGGCCGCCUGUGAGAACCAGGUCCGCAUGCUGCCGCUCGGCCUGGACAACCUGACCCAGCUAGACGAGGAGGAGCAGCGGCGCGCCUAUGAGGCAGCGCGCCGUCCGCCGGCGCCGGCUACCGAGCCAGCCAGUCCCGAGUCGCCGCGCGCCGCGCCCUGGAGGCUCGGCGAGCUCGAGUUCGAGGCUCUGAUGCGCCAGAUGGACAGCGCCGGCUACCGGACCGGCCACGUGUACCGACACGCGCUGCGCGGAGAGUUGCCACCGAACCAGAGUGACGUGGAGUACCCGCCGGCCGCCGUCGGGUACGCGCUGGACACAGACGACAUCUUCAAAUACAGCCCGAUGCGGAAGAUCGUGGCCGGUGCGCGGGCCGGCGAACGGACCCGGUGGCUCAACUCGCCCAACGUCUACCAAAAGGUCGAGCUGGUGGAGUCGGGCUCCAGCGACUCCAAGACCGUCACCAAGGUAUCGGUGGUGAAGGGCGACCAGUAUUGCCCGUGCUCUGUCGGCUUUGAAUACAUGAUUUGGGGACCUUCUGUGUGUGGUGUGUCUCUGUUCUGUCUCCCGGUGGUGGCUAACCCGCACCGUCCCGAGCUCGGGUGUGCUGAACGGCGUCCGGACCGCCCGCGCACGACUGAGGCGGCUCGUCUCCCGCCGGCUGCUGCUGCUGCUGCUGACAAAUGGGUGGCGGCCCCCUCGCCAGCCUCGGGUAGCACCCCCGUGAAGGUGGACUCUGCUCUCCAGUUUGUGCCGAAAAACACCAGUCCUAAGGAGUUCAGGCAGCUGCAGAAACAGAUCAAGGAGAACCGCCGGUCAGGCGAGGUCAGCGCCGGACCGCAGUCCCACCUCCUGGAGGGUGCGGCCGGGUCAGAGGUCAGCCAGCGGCAGGACGACGCCCGGUCACACACCGGCGACCAGGUGGUGCUGGUUGGGGCCGCCUCCAAAGGGAUCAUCCAGCGCAGCCACCAGCAUCACGCCGCCGUCUACCGGGCGCCGUACGCAGCCAAUCCCUUCGACGGGGUCACAGACGAAGAACUGGAGGAGUACCGCCAGACGGUGGAGCGGAAGAGUCGGGAACAGAGCGCCGAAGCUGAGACAGCCUCGCAGUCUGCAUCUGAUCUGAAUCGCCGACCGACCGAUCACUGCCACCCGGCACAGCUCCUUGAGCCGCAGCCCGGGCCCGCUGAGCCGCCACAGCCGCAACAGUUUGAGCCGCCGCCUCAGCAGCAGUUUGAGCCGCCGCACCCGCAGCAGUUUGAGCCGCAGCCUCAGCAGCAGUUUGAGCCGCAGCCUCAGCAGCAGUUUGAGCCGCGUCCGGUGCGCCAGCGGGGCCCGGAACACGCCGAGCGAGUGCUGCUCACCAGUGACGGAGAGGAGGCGGAGCUGAGCAGCGGCUCGGCGCCACCAGGUGACGGAGCGGAGACGGCCCGCCGAGACCCGCCCGGUGACUAUACUGACCGCUACACGCCCGGCUAUACCGACCACUGCCCGACCUUCGCCGCUGCCGACGCCGCCUCUGACGAUGUGUUCGGUCCCGCCUCUGCCGGCUUCGAGUUUGACCCUGCUAUCAGUAACGCCUCUGCCGCCCUGAUGUUUGAGCCUGACGACGGCAUGAGCCCGGCUGUUUACUCUCGCCACGCUGCCGCAGCCGCUCUCUCUGCUACUAAUUCAUCUGCUUCUCCCAUCCCCGGCGCACCCUCUACGGGUGUCCCUGCUGUCCUCUCUCCUUCCCUAGCGUACGACUCUGUCUCACGUGGCCUUUCUCCUCUAACUCAACAACCGCUAACUCCACCCGUCCCACCCGUCAUGCAGCCCGGCCAGCCUCCUCUAACUUCGCCGUCCCUUACUCCCCUAGCUCCACCCGCCGCGCAGCCCGGCCUGCCUCCGCUAACUCCGCCCGCUGCGCAGCCCGGCCUGCCACCGCUAACUCCGCCCGCCCAGCAGUCCGGCCCGGCCCAGGACACCGAGCCGCAGCAGUUCUCGCAAUCGUCACCUCUUCACCCGAUGCAUGUGCCGCCCCCGAGGAGCUCCCGCGGCCACCGCGGCUCGGACCGGCGCGGCCCACGCACCAUGCCGGCCCCUCUGUCGGCCACUGGCAAACGAGGAGUUCGCGUGUCCGCCCUCUGAUGGCGCCCCAGUCGCGGCAGACCGGUAAUAUCAGCUGGCAGACCUCCAGCCGUGCCAUGAGACAGUCGAGCAGUGCACUAAGUGGUGUUAGAGUGAGUGUGCGAGGGUCGAGGAUGCAGGUUUUAGGUGUUGGUUGAAUAUCGAGUGGUGAAAUUGAAAUCUACACAGCUGAGAGUCAUUUUCGCAGUCCGUAUUUCGAAAAGUUGCAUUGCAAAAUGUGAGGCUUGGCCGAUAUCAAUAUAGACCACAAGGACGUGCCAAGGAGUGCAAUGUUAUUUGCUAGUUAUUCAUCAGUUCAUAGUUGACUUCCUUGGUUUCACGGAAAUUUCCAUUACUUUGCUUGUCUGGUGUGAGCGGUCGUUAUAAGUCAAGCGUGCUAACUUUUUUAUUUUGUCCUAAUGGAUAAAUGGGUGGCUAAUUAGCUAUGGGCCCAGGUGCCCCCUAAGCAGUGCUUGUUGCGAAUGACACCACGAACCCACCACCCCACCUUAUGGCCUGCUGUUAAGAUUAAAUUAUCGGCGAAAAUGAAUAAUUGUAGCUAGAAUUUCAAUCCCUUUAUCUGCGGCUAUGGUGCUCAUUAUUGACGAAAAACCCUACGUUUCCCUGCCACGCUGAUCGGUUAAACCGUAAUUCACUCACGGGCAUUGCCAACAGUUCCAUAGGCGUAUAUUCAUUAGCCAACAACAAAUAAAUAUUCGAAAUGUAACAGGCUGACCUUUUCCGUAAUCGAUCGAUACGUUUCAGCAUUUCGUACCAAACAGUGCCAAACUUGACGUAUUGAAACGACCAGUGCCAUUUUAAUUGCAUUCUUAGUGCCAUUGGUGCAAUAACGCAACGUUUAGCCUUAGUUCAUGCCAUAUAGUUAUGUAACUAUAACGCUAUACGUUUGCGCAGUACUGUUAAUCAGGUAGCACUGUUUUGCUUUCCGUCCUGACUUCCCUCCUUGCGCUUUUCAAGUUUGCGGAAUUCUCAAUAAUAAUUCAUGCUCCUGAAAAUUGGGCACCGUAGCCGGCAUUUAAAAUUGUGUUACUUUUGAGACCACUUCCUUCUCUCCUACCUCCGGAUUUUUCUUUCCAAACUUAUUUUGUUGCUAGUGUAGUGUGCUUGGUAGAGUGUGUUAGCCGAGGGUGUGGUUGCAUGCUGAGUUAUAGUCGAAGUGUGGCCACAUGAGUCCCUAAUCCUAUGUGGGCACCGGCACAGCUGUGCGGUUUAUGUCCGUAAACCUCUGCUGUGAGCGAGAUGCCUGCUAACAGAGAGCCCCACUGGCACUACCAGUGUCUAGUACGGCUGACUAGAUCUGAUUAUGCGGUGCUGGUUAGGUUAGAGUCCCCUCUUGCCGCCAUUAGAGGAGUGUAAAUAUACGCGUCACCGUCCAA